AUGGCGGAGUGGGACGCAAAUAAUAAAACCUUUUUGAUUACUGGCGGAGCUUCGGGCUUGGGCGCGUUGUAUGCUGAAGCAUUCCUCAAAGAAGGCGCUAAGAAUGUAGCAAUCCUCGACAUUGCUGAGAACCUAGGCAGAGCAAAAGCUGAAAGUCUGAACGAGACUUAUGGCAAUAAGGUGAUAUUUGUGAAAUGUGACGUGAGCAAGGAGGAAGACAUCGUGAGCGCGUGGGACGCCGUGCUCGUUCAGUUCAAGCAGAUUGACGUCAUCAUCAACAACGCUGGCAUCAUGGUUGACACUCCUGACAUGUGGAGAACUGCAUCCAACGUUAAUUGGCAAGGAUUAGUCUCCUUUACAUUGAAAGGCAUCAAGCACAUGAAGAGGGAUGAGGGUGGAGCAGGUGGAACUAUCAUGAAUAUUGCUUCAACAGUAGCGCUGACUAAACCAGCGGCAUUUCCCAUCUACAGUGGCUCCAAAAUGGCUGUCCUGCAUUUCAGUCAAUGUAUAGCGAAGCGACCAUUCUUCGAGAACACUGGAGUAAGAGUCCUAACCUUAUGCCUCGGUCCAACUGACACUGCAUUAUUGGAGAACUUAGUGCCGAAGGCAUAUGACCCUAAGGUCGGGCAAUUAAUGAUGGCUUUCGUAGAGAGUAACAAUGUUGUGUAUCAAAAACCAGAAUCAGCAGUUAAAGUCCUAGUGGACAUGUACAAAACUGGCCCUCCAGCGUCAUUUUGGUUGUCCUUGGAUAACAAACCUGGCCAAAAUAUUACUUCAACCAUUGAUCGUGCCUUCAACGAUUUUAAGACUCUUCUUAUGCCGUCGUAA